AUGUUGUGGUCUUCACCGAUGGUCGUUAAACUCCGUAAUGGUACAGAUUCUCCAUUAUCAAGACCCAUCACAGAAGAAGAAGGGUCAUGGAUAGUCUCCGGAGGGUAUUUGGUGUCUUGUAUAACAAAUUUACUCGCUGGGACUCUGUUAGAUAAAAUCGGGAGGAAGUACGCCAUAAUUUUAAUUACAAUACCUAGGAUAUGUGCAUCAAUUUGGACGAUAUUUGUUACCGAAGUGUGGAUGUUGAUAUUUUGUCGGAUGAUCAUGGUGUCGACUGAUAAUUAUAUUUAUGCAGUAAUCCCAGUGUACGUAUCAGAAAUAGCUAAUAAAGAAUUUCGGGCAUCUCUCGGUGUGUUCCUGCACAUACUUGCCUGCAUAGGAAUUGUUGCCACUCUCUCUAUUGGUCCAUUUGUAUCCUAUACAAUGUUUAACUCCUUAGUUGCUGGUGUUAUAAUAUUGACGACCAUACCGCUACCAUUUCUACCAGAAUCCCCAGUCCAUUUAUACACUAAAGGUCGUAUAGAUGAUGCCAUAAAUGUCCUAUCUAAAGUCCGUGAAACUGAUGAACUGGUCAAACAAGAGAUAGAAGACUAUAAAACUAGCAAGAAAGAAAAAGUAGACAAGUUGGCCUUAAUGACAGAUAAAUCAUUUUUGAAGUCGCUUGCAUUGGGCAUUCUGGUCUGUGGUGGCUGCAAUGCAGUAGGAUACAAUGCGGUGGAAUUUUAUUUGCAAACUAUUUUGGAAACCACACGCUCCAGUUUGAUGCCAGAGGUCACAUCAGUAAUAGUUGGAUGCAUCCAACUAAGUGCUGCUGUUUCCACAUCCUUUUAUACAAAAAUGUUUGGAAGACGACCUAUUUUAAUUUAUUCCCUCAUGGGCAUGUUGUGUGGUAUGCUCGGAUUGGGAGUUUUCUUCACAUAUAGUACCAGGGAAGGUUAUGUUAUCUCUGGCUUCCUCAAUUACCUUCCUAUCAUAUCUUUAAUACUUGCUACAUACUGUUUCAAUAUUGGAAUCGGAUGUCUUCUUUUCAUAGUUACUGUUGAAUUAUUUGAAGGAAGGACGCGAGCAUUUGGAUAUACAAUAUGUUUUACAUUCUUUUUACUAAGUGCUUUCAUAACAACUAAAUAUCUAGAGGCAAUGUUCGACACUUUCGGUUAUUCUGGGACAUACUGGUUCUUCAGUGCCAUGUGUAUAAUUAUUUGUACUUUAAUUGUUUUGUUCCUGCCCGAAACUAAAGGGAAGACAAUUACUGAGAUUCAAAUUGUAUUAGGCAACAAGAAAGUUGAGGCUCAAGUUGGAAAUAAGCAAAUUGAUUCUUCACCUUUGUAG